GGCGUUCUACAAAGGUUAUGAGACAUGUAAAAAGGCGAGGUCAGCUAUAGUGGGUGUUUGACCUCUUCUGAACGGACGUAACAAAAACUGGUCACUAGUUAGACCGUGUCAGACCAGUCAGUACUAUUCCAGUAUUUCCAGCCACCCAUCUGGGGUACAAGGGACUUCCAUGUGAGCUAUGCCACCCAAUCAGCAACAGCGACAGAAAUGCUGGGACUCCAGAGACCGCUUCUUUGCUUGUUUAGAACAGAAUGAUGAGAAUGCAGCGAAGUGCCAGAGUCUUCGACAGGAGUUUGAAGGUUGCUGCUCCAACACAUGGGUAAAAUAUUUUCUUCGGAAGAGGGAAUAUGACAAAUACAAGGAAAAGCUGCAGACAGAAGGCUUCAAACCUUAUGAAGAAGAAAAGAAAACAUAGACCCUGCAAUCCUUCCGAAGUUUUGGCAAUUUUAAAAUCCCGGGGGACAGAAGACUGUGCUACUCACCCCUUUGUGUUUCACUUUGAAACUUUGAUGAUAUUCUAUGCUAUCUCCCUGCCUGAUACUGCAUGAACCUGGCAACUCAGGCAAGGGACAGACUCUGACUCUAUUCUCAUAUUCAUUGUGCUGUUCAGACCUGGUCCAGUUGAGUAGUAAUUUUUUUUAAUCCAAGAAGGCAAGAACCAACAAUUGAAUUGGUGUGGCCUUGUGAAGGCAGCAUAGAAUAUUAACCUACUCUCACUACAUAAUCAUGUGCAGUCUGCAGAGGAAUGAGAUAUGAAAAUCAUAUGUUUAUUCUAAAAGUAAUGGAAAUAGUAGUGUUUAUAUGAGAUUGCAGGGCUCGAAAUCGUACCUGUAUCUGCAGGUUAGUGCAGGUAAAAUUGGAGUUGUGCAGGAACAUGUACAAUUAUGUAUUUCUGAUAUCUACAUUGUUCUAUUCCAUGUUCUGGGUGAAUGUGGUUUUUGUUUGCUGUACACUAACUGCUACCACCUGUAACAUGCUAGAGAAGGUUUUAUAUUGAUCUUUAUUCAAACAACAGUACAAUAUACUAGUAAUGAUGUCAUGAA